GACCAAUUCUGAGAUUUACUUGGAAUAAUUUCAAUAGGCACAUUGGGUAGUUAUUAAGUGUUAAGUGCUAGGGUGUUUUCAUACCUGAUAGUCCGGUAGACUCAAUUUGAUUGGGGACUAAAAUUGCAACAUUUGUUACAUUUUUUCAGCUGGUGCAGUUGUCUUUCACACUGCAAUGAGUCAAAUGCUCCAAACUAGCUGAAAAACUCUUCCAAGAACUCCUGAAGAAAACAACACAAAAACCUUAGAAGAAGAGAUUAGUGCAACUUCCUUCUUCACAAAAUGUAAACAAAUAUUGGAAAAGCGCCAGAGUUUAGCGGUUUCUAUAUUGUCUUUGGUAAAAGACGACAAGCCAUUUUUGUCACUAGUGCUAGACUUGCACGUUUGUUUUGGUUGUAUUUACCCAGAAUACCCUGUACUACUUACACUGGAACAUCAAGUGCAGCACAGACAGCUCUCACAGCUCCCUCUCCUUGUUCUUUGAGGAUUCUCAGGAUCUGCUCUACAGCCAAGUAAAAGGAGUUCCACCUUGUUGUGAUAGGUUGCACCAGCUGAAAUUUACAAUGUUCUUCAACCACGUCUUCAGCAACAGCAGACCUCACACUCUUGUUCCAGAGAGCCUGACAUUUAGAGAAGGCCGACCACGACAAUUUCUUGUAGGCCUCUGUCUUGUUUGCUUUUUUUGCAUCCACCAGAUUGAACAAAUGGCAAGCACGCUAAAGAUGUUUCGGAAGCUGGUAUUUGAGACCAUCAUCUUCAGUCACCACGGUGCCAACUUGGAUUAAUUCUACUUCCUCAUCCUGACAAACUUGUGUUGGAUCUUCAUCAGUUGCCUCCUCAACAGUAACGUUGUUGCUCUCAUCUCCUCCAAGCACUUCGGCUUUGAUCCCUUGACAGUUUUGGUUCUGACAAUCUUCUCACAGAUCACAUAUUAGCAGUGUACGUCAUUCAAUGUGUUUGCCAAGACGUCAAACGUGUGAGUGCUCUCUAACUGCAUGCAUGCAAGACCAACAGAAGUGCUUAGAUCCAGCCAAUGGGCUGCAACGCCAAUGAAACUCCUGCUCCUCGCACUCCAGCAAUCAGUCAUUGUGGCUACGCAUGGCACCUUCCUCAUUGCUAACGUGGCUUUAUCAAGCUUGAGCCACACAGAGGUUCAAGACAUGAUGGAGCAGUUUAGCUGCAGAUCUUGGAUAAGGCUCUGAAAUGCUGGCUGCUCAACAUGAGAGAACGGCUGGAGACCAUGAAGUUUAGAAUUGCCUUGUUGACACUCUUCUGAGAGACUUGCAUUGUUUCGUCUAGCUUCAACUGUGUGAGGUUUGUGCGAAAACCUUCAGAUUUUCUCUUGCAGGCUGCUGUAGUCAAUUCAUUAUAUUUCUCCUGCUGCCUUGUAUGCUUCCUCUAUAAAAAAAACAACACAGAACUUUGGUAAAAGAGAGCUAACUCAAAUAGGCAUCAAAAGUACAACACACAUUGAUGGCGGUAGACAACUAGGUAAAUAAUAAAAUUCCAAUAAAAAGUUUUACUACUUCUCACCUUUAAUAGAAAAAUGCAAUUUCACCAUAUUUUGUAGAGUAUGGCUGCGGGAAAAAAAAACUUUGAAUAAUAUCACAAUUCAUUAACAUGUUACCUUCUUUGCAAGUAAUCAGCAACUAUAUUCAUAUUCUUUUAUUUCUUAUUAGUCAACUUAUACUGUUGCAAAUAUUUUUUAUAAUACGAGAGCAUUUGUUAAUUUUACAACGAGUGAAAGGAUUCACUGUUUAAUAAUAUAUAUGGUUAUUUAAUGACCAUUGUAAAAUAUAAACAGCUGCCACUCUCUUACUAUCAGUAGCAAAAAUAUAAAUUUGUAAAAUGUUAUUUUACAAAUUUAUACAAAGGUACAGAGAUGCGCAAAUCAGCGGCUUUUAGAGAUAUCACGUAACUUACAAGUUAAUAAACAGUCUGUCUUAAGAAAGACAUUGACCUGUUCAACAAAGAUGAGCUUGUUUUACAGAGAAAUUGGUGAAGGGUGGAAAUUAUUUUUAUAACUGUUCAAAUGGACAAUGAACCAAAUCAUUCCACUGAAUUCAUUACAAAACAAGUUGAGUUUGAGAUUUUUUUUGUUGUUCAGAGAUGCUUCAUUGUCUCAGAAGAUUGUCAUGAAACAUUCGCUUAAUUUUAGAAGAAAAAAAAAGAGAGUAAAGUGGAUAAAAAUAAAAUUCAGGCUAAGAUAAGAGAUUUUUACUGGCAAUGAAUCGUUCUUUUGGCCAUGAAGCAAAUAAAUGAAUCCUCAUUAAAUGUAAGAAAAAAAAGGAAAGGAAGACAAACUAAUUCACCAGUUAAUACUUCAUUGGUUCAGGUUCUACUCUAACUUUCAGAUUUACAUCAAUUAUACAUGUUAUAAUCCUGUCACAACAACAAAAAACAGCCAAAUUCUAAUUGUUCACAAGUUGUAUUUGGGCUGUCAUUUCAGAAAAAACAAGAGUCAUUUGUAAGUUUCAACGGAAUUUAUGUCAUGGAUUGUGAGAUAAGAUGAUGAUGAGGAUGAUGAUGAUGAUGAUGAUGGAAACCCCCCCUCUGGGUGUUUCUAUAAAUAUGUCAAUAAGAGUAGAGUAAAUCAGUAAUAGUGCUCACUUUCAGGUCAAUACUUGUGAAAUCUGACCCAGCUGAGGCCAUGCAUGUCCUGAUUGUCUUCGCCUGCUUCAUGGCCUCCGCCGCCCGCAGCGCGCCUCUGCCGGAGAGCGGCAGCGCACUUGUUGAGGAUCCGCGGUUCCAGGAGAUCCUGCAGAGGAGCCGCAGCUUGACGCAAAAGAUCCUGGACUCCAUAGCCGACACGCACAGCUCCUGCGUUCACACAGAGACCCUAAAGUUGGAUUCUUCAGACAUCGGCAGGUUUUCAACCAUGGCGGCCAACAUUGGCAUCCCCUCGGCUCCUGUACUCUCAGCGGUUUCAGAAAAUUUCACUCUGGAAACUGGUUUGAGAGUGAUGCAUGAUGGGCUGCAGCUGCACCAAGGGUUGCUGAGCUCCAUCGCCCCUCGACUAGCAGAGAAAGACAAAGUGGUUGCGUUGAUGUCCGAUGUCAGAGAUCUAAAAAUCCAGAUUGUUAAGAUGCAGAAAAUGAACCAAUCGCACAUCGCAGCGCCCCCCACAUUGGGCUCGGUGGAACUGCGCCUCCCGGGGGAAUUUGAGGUCCAGGUGGCGGCUCACCUGACCCUGGUCCAGCUGCAGGCGUUCAGCUGGGACGUGGCGCGUUGCCUCAGGAGUCUGGACCACAGCGCCGGCGACGACGACAACCAGAGCUGACCAAAGAUCGUUGUAUUCUUCUUUCGGCCUGAGCUGAAAACCUACGUUGCCGGUUUUUGUUAUAUUUAUUGAUCUGCAAGCAGAUUAUUUAUUUGUUAAAUCUAUUUUUAUUUAUAUAUUUAUUUCUAGAGACGCAUCAUAUUUAUUUAGGAAAUCUAUUUUUUUGAAAAACCUUUGCACUCGUCAGACAUAUGACCAGCUAUUAACGCUCAUAUUAGUGAGUUCCGGGAACAUAUUAAAGUUGCAGUAUGUAACCAUUUAAAAAAAACAUUUUUACAUAUUUGUUAAAAUUAUCAUUAUGUCAUGAUGGUAUAAAACACAAUCUGUGAAAAAAAAGAAAACUGUUUCUCUGGCUUCUCCCGGUACCAAAUGCAGAAAUUCACCACUCAGAAACAACCAAUCAGAGUGAGAAGGAGGGUCUUAGUGCUGUCAAUCACUCUCGUGCUCAGCUCCUCCUGCUUGCACUUUGCUAUGCUACACCUGGUUCUCCACAACAUAGAAUGACAUGAAUGUUAAUGCUAUUUAGCAUAGCCACUGAUGACAGCAGAUUAACAGUUUAUCUGUAAGAGUAAGGAGGUUGAUUUACAGUGCUAAGCCCCGCCCUCUGGCUCUGAUUGGUUGAUUUUAAUCCCCAGAGCAAUCCAAUAUUAGCACUAGGAGGAGGUGGAGAACCUCAAUUUUUUCAUAUUUGUCUCAUAGGACAAAUGUCACAUCAUUUUGACAGUUUUAAUAAAUAUGAAAAACACAUUUCUGUAAACGUUACGCACUGCAGCUUUAAAGACGAUUAUAGAUGGUGUAACAUUGAAAAAUAAACUAAUUAUUUUUGUAUUGCUAUUUAAAAUCUAAUAUGUUAUUUUCCUACGUCCCAAUACAAAAAUAAAAUUUUCUUUCUUGAAAAUACAACUGUUCCGUUUUCCUAAUGAUGGUGCAGUGAAACUUGCUGACACGCUGGUGAAUUUGUUUCCGAAAUUCCAGCAAAAGAAACAGAAGUGCAACUAAAAGUGAAACGGCGGCUCCGGCGUCACGUCAGACAGAGUUCCUGUAGGUGUGUCGCCACUGGUGUGACCAACUGUCACCAGGAGGAUGAUUCCCUCAGCAUGUCAUGUGAAAAACCUCAGAGU